UUUCAACCCGCUCAAUUUUUCAUGGGCGCGCCAGUAGCCCAGUGAUUUGCAGGCAAUAUGGGUUGCCCACAGUCGAGGGUAUCGGAGCACGCCCCGGGCAAAGUUCCACCUGGGCCGUCCGAGGGAGGGAUGGAUGAAGAUGAUCUGACCUGGAUGGCUGGAGGUGACAAGAGCCCAGUGACGCCUGCUCGAGCGCUGGCUUCAUCGAACAGGAAGUCAGGCUAUGCGGAUGACGAACCUUUGGAUGUUCGCGUCCAGAUAGAACUGGAGGGCGGAUGGAAGGAUUGCUCCACCGAAGAGAUGCGUGCAAUCUGUCAACAACUGGCAAAAGGAGAACUGGUGUUUCAGAUCCAUGCCCGCGGUCAGAACUACAAGAUCGACUUCUCAGGCCCUGAAGGAGGUGGACAGCAGAUCAAUAUCAGCACUGGGAAGAGGCGAAGACUCCGGAUCUUGGACGCGAGGGAAGAAGAAGCUGUGCCCGAGGAGGAUGUGGCGGUCAGCGCCUCGCGCGCCAUGGACAGUGCCUUUCGGGACGCAGCAACGGAGCCGGCGGCGUCGUCCAGUGCACCGGUCUCCCCGGAAGUGGCUACGCAGAAAGCGUAUGGACCCCAGAGCAAGCGUGGUGGUGCAUCGAUGCACCCAUACAAGGUGCUGGAAGGCAACGAGCACGCAAAGAAAUGCUUCGCCCAGUUCGAAGCCAACGAAGCGAGGCUGUGCGGUGAAUGGGCGGUCUUCUACCACUCGUACUCCUUUGCAGCUCUGAUCUAUGAAGUGCAUGCUGCUGUUGGCAGUGUUCUAUUUCGCUUCCGGUCUCAGUAUGCCACGUUGCCUCGAAUCUUAGUGCAUGAAUUCAACGAGACGCCGGAUAUUUCCUUUCUCAUGAAACGGUUCAAUGAAGAGUUCGCUGAAAACAAGCGAGACCAUCAUCCAGAUUUUCGCAGAGUCGGAUUGUCCGUGAUGUGUUCAUUGGCUUCCACCGGACCUGAAGCAUGUGUUGCAAUGGUUUUCAUUGCAGGUUAUAGUUGCAAGGACUUGUCUUUCCGCGGUGUGCUGGAGAACUUGUUGGAGAAUUGCUACGUUCCUCGGGCGAAGGUGCGCAACCUCGCCAACGAGAUCAUUACGAUACUCGGAAACCCGGAGGAUUUCUCCGCGCCCCCGAUGAAAAUAUGGAGGCUUAAUGGAGGAAUUCAAGAAUUGGGAAUGGAUCAAUACCUAUUAAUACCAUUUUUAGUGGGAUGAACAUCCAUUUACCAGCUAUUUU